AUGUGGGCCCUGGAAUACUGUGGGGGGGACUGGCUAGGCAUUGGGGGAAGCCCUCCCCUUGAACCCUGGGCACCCUCCUGCCACUUCCCAGGGCGCCUCAUGGACAUCUUGCGCUGCCGUGGCAAGAGGGGCUACGAGGCCUUCCUGGAAGCCCUGGAGUUCUACUACCCCGAGCACUUCACACUGCUCACCGGCCAGGAGCCCGCCCAGCGCUGCUCCAUGAUCCUGGAUGAGGAGGGCCCUGAGGGCCUGACCCAGUUCCUGAUGACCGAGGUGAGGCGGCUUCGGGAGGCUCGAAAGAGCCAGCUGCAGCGGGAGCAGCAACUGCAGGCUCGAGGCCGGCUGCUGGAGGAGGAGCGGGCAGGACUGGAGCAGCGGCUGCGAGAGCAGCAGCAGGCUCAGGAGCGCUGCCAGCGGCUGCGGGAAGACUGGGAGGUGGGCAGCCUGGAGCUGCUGCGGCUCAAGGAUGAAAACUACAUGAUCGCCAUGCGUCUGGCACAGCUCAGCGAGGAGAAGAACUCUGCUGUCCUUCGCAGCCGGGACUUGCAGCUGGCGGUGGAUCAGCUGAAGCUGAAGGUGAGCCGGCUGGAGGAAGAGUGUGCGCUGCUCCGCAGGACCAGGGGGCCACCCCCCGGGGCAGAGGAGAAGGAGAAGGAGAAGGAGAAGGAGCCGGACAGCGUGGACCUGGUCUCUGAGCUGCGUGCAGAGAAUCAGCGGCUGACAGCGUCCCUGCAGGAGCUGCAGGAGGGGCGGCAGCAGGAGACAAGCCGGCCGGGGGCCCCAGGCUCAGAGCGCAUCCUCUUGGACAUCCUGGAGCAUGACUGGCGGGAGGCGCAGGACAGCAGACAGGAGCUGUGCCAGAAGCUGCACACUGUGCAGGGGGAGCUGCAGUGGGCCGAGGAGCUGCGGGACAAGUACCUGCAGGAGAUGGAGGACCUGCGGCUGAAGCACCGCACGCUGCAGAAGGACUGCGACCUGUACAAGCACCGCAUGGCCACCGUCCUGGCCCAGCUGGAGGAGAUUGAGAAGGAGCGGGACCAGGCCAUCCAGAGCCGCGACCACAUCCAGCUGCAGUACUCGCAGAGCCUCAUCGAGAAGGACCAGUACCGCAAGCAGGUGCGGAGCCUGGAGGCCGAGCGGGACGAGCUGCUGACCACGCUCACCAGCCUGGAGGGCACCAAGGCCCUGCUGGAGGCGCAGCUGCAGCGGGCCCAGGGCGGGCCCUGCCUCAAGGCCUGCACCUCCUCCCAUUCCCUGUGCUCCAACCUCAGCAGUACCUGGAGCCUGAGCGAGUUCCCCUCCCCGCUUGGAGGCCCAGAUGCAGCCGGGGAGGCCACUGUCCUGGGGGGAUCCGAGCCCCACAUCUCGGAGGAGGCUACAGACAAUGAGAAAGAGAUCAACCGGCUGUCCAUCCUGCCCUUCCCUCCCAGCGCAGGCUCCAUCCUCCGCCGGCAGCGCGAGGAGGACCCUGCACCUGCUAAGAGGUCCUUCAGCAGCAUGUCCGACAUCACAGGGAGUGUAACGCUUAAACCCUGGUCCCCCGGCCUCUCCUCAUCCUCAUCCUCCGACAGCGUGUGGCCGCUGGGAAAGCCGGACGGUCUCCUGGCCAGAGGCUGCGGCCUGGAUCUCCUGGGCAGGUCUCUGGCCAUACAAGUGUCUGGCCGGAGCCCCCCGGGGGGACCCGAACCCCAGGACAGAGGUCCAGAUGGCCUGCCUUUCCUUGGGGACAGCUGGUCCGGGACGGUGGUGCGGAGGGUGCUCUCUGGGCCUGGGUCUGCGUCUGCCAGGGUGGAACCAAGAGAGCCAAGGGCAGAGGCUGCUGGCCUGGAGGGGGCAGGCCUGGAAGGCGAGGCCCAGCGGAGGACCUUGACCUGGAACCAGGUGUCCACACUCCCCUUCCCGAUGGAUUCUAAGGCUUGCCAGUCCUUCCAAGAGGCCCUAGAAGCCUGGGUGAAGGGGCUGGGCGCCGAGCCCUUCUACAUCCGAGCCAACCUCACUCUGCCCGAGCGGGCGGACCCCCACGCCCUGUGUGUGAAAGCCCAGGAGAUCCUGCGGCUGGUGGACCCGGUGUACAAGCGGCGGCAGGAGUGGUUCUGUGCACGGGUCGACCCCCUCACGCUGCGGGACCUGGACCGGGGCACAGUGCCCAAUUAUCAGAGAGCCCAGCAGCUCCUGGAAGUUCAGGAGAAAUGCCUGCCCUCCAGUCGGCCUCGAGGGCCCCGCAGUAAUCUGAAGAAGCGAGCUCUGGACCAGCUGCGGCUGGUGAAGCCCAAGCAUGCCGGGAGUCCUGCAGGGGACUCCCCGGAGCAGCUGCUGCUGGAGCCCUGCUCAGAUCCGGAGUGGAGCCUCAAACCCUACAGCCUGGUGCGGCCGCUGCUGGUGCCCUCCCUGCGGCCCGUGGUGCUCUUGCCCGAGUGCCUGGCGCCUCGGCUCAUCCGCAACCUGCUAGACCUGCCCAACUCCCGGCUGGACUUCCAAGUGUGCCCAGCGGAAAGCCUGUCCGGGGAGGAGCAGUGCGCACCCUCAGCUCCCGGAGCCCCCAAGGCCCGGCCUGCCACCCCUGGGCUGGGCAGCAGGAUUCGUGCCAUCCAGGAGUCUGUUGGGAAGAAGCACUGCCUGUUGGAGCUGGGCACGCGGGGCGUGCGGGAGCUGGUCCAGAAUGAGAUCUACCCCAUCGUCAUCCACGUGGAGGUGACCGAGAAGAAUGUCCGGGAAGUCAGGGGUCUGCUGGGCCGGCCGGGCUGGCGGGACUCGGAGCUGCUUCGGCAGUGCCGCAGCUCGGAGCAGGGCCGCAUCCUGCAGGAGCAGGCCCGCCUCGUGUGGGUGGAGCGAGGCAGCAGCAGGGGCUGCAGCAGCAGCAGCAGCGAGGCCUGAGGGCCCCUUCCGGGGCCGGCGACUUCCUCGUGCACUCAGACACCUCCAGGAGACCCUGGUGUCUGUGGCGGAGCUGAGCCUGCGACAUCCUCCCUGUCCUGAGCCUUCCCAGGUCCUCGGGCUCCGCUCCGGGCUGUCACCGAGGGAUCCUGCCGGAACCGGAGCCGGAGCCCUCCGACAGCUUCCACCCUCCGGCCCCGUACCUGCCGCUCGGGGCCUUCCUGUGAGCCCUCCGGUCUCCGGGUCCCCACUCGUGGGUCUGUGUCCCUCCGUCACUGCCCACCUGAGCGUCUGGGUUCUCACUACUGUGUACUGUUUUGUACACCCAAGUUCUCACGGGCAGGCUCCUGUCUGCCUGCCCCCGGGCACUCGAGGUCUCCCAGGCUCUCAGCCUGUUCUGCUCACAGGAGCCCCGAGCCCGCCCUUUGUGACUCCCCCCCGUCAGUCACAUUUCUGUGUAUAGCUCCACAUGUGGGCAUUGUAGCUGCCCGGUCCACUGUCACCUGUGCCCGCGUCUCGUGUCUUCAGGUCACACACGUGUCCGUGGUUCUCUCUCCUGUGUAAAUGUCAUGUCCCCCACCCCCAUGACACUCGGGCACUUAACACGUGUGUGUUCCCGGUGAGCACACCCAGGACCAUGUUCUCACAGCACCUCCUCCCUGCCCUGCCGCCUCCCAGAGGGACAGGUGGGGAGGGGCUCGGCUGCUCCGGCACCAGAAUGUACGGCUCGUUUGAAUGGGCCCUUUUCACUCAGAAGCUGCACGUUAUGGAACAUUAAACAGUUUGUCAUAGAA